GUCACACAUUCAAAAAGCCGGCUAUCUCAUAUUAUUGUUAUUGUUAUUAUGUAUGCGACGGUAAGUCAAGUGCUUCGAAAUGCGCGUUUCUCAAGUCGCCGCGCUGUGAGCUAUGUGCUGGGCAUCGAGACAUCCUGCGAUGACACCGGCAUCGCCAUAGUCGACACAGCAGGAAAGGUCCACGCCAAUGUCUUGGAAUCCCAACAGGAAUUUCACACGCGCUAUGGCGGUAUUAUACCACCACGAGCACAGGAUCUGCAUCGGGCACGCAUCGCUGACGCCUUUGAACGCUGCCUGGCGGAGUCGCAGCUGCAACCUGAACAACUGGCGGCCAUUGCGGUGACCACACGUCCCGGGCUGCCGCUCAGCCUGGUGGUGGGAUUGCGUUACGCUCGCCAUUUGGCACGUCGCCAUCAGAAGCCGCUGCUGGCCGUGCAUCACAUGGAGGCGCAUGCACUGCAAGCACGCAUGGAACACAUUGAAGAUCUCCAGUUUCCGUAUCUCUGUCUGCUCAUCAGUGGCGGCCACAGUCAGCUGGCGAUGGUCUAUGGACCCGGACGACUGACCCUGCUGGGUGAGACGCUGGACGAUGCACCCGGCGAGGCAUUCGACAAGAUUGCGCGACGUCUGCGUCUCUAUGUGCUGCCCCAGUACCGUCUGUGGAACGGUGGACGAGCCGUGGAGCAUGCCGCACAAUUUGCCCGCAAUCCCGAUGCUUACGAGUUUCCGCUUCCCCUGGCGCGGCAACGCAACUGCAACUUUAGCUUUGCGGGCAUCAAGAACAAUGCGUUUCGUGCCAUCCGCCAGCAGGAGCGGAAUGAACGCACUCCAGUCGAUGGCAUCAUAAGCAACUAUAGCGAUUUCUGUGCGGGAUUACUGCGCGCCGUCUCCCGCCAUCUGAUGCAUCGCACACAACGGGCCUUGGAGUUCUGCCUGCAACCAGAGAUGAAUCUAUUCGGCCAGGCGCCACCUACGCUCGUCGUCUCCGGCGGAGUGGCCAACAACGAUGUGAUCUUUGCGAAUCUGGAGCAUCUGGCCAAGCAGUACAAUUGUCGCUGCUUCAGGCCAUCGAAACGCUACUGCUCCGACAACGGCGUCAUGAUUGCCUGGCAUGGCAUCGAGCAACUGCAGCAUGGCAUUAAACCCAUCUCCAGCCACGAUGUGGACGACAUUCAGGUGGAGGGCAGCGCGGGAUUUCACGAGUCCGCCAUGGAAAGGCUCCAAGAGGCGGCCAUCAAGUGCAGAUGGGUGCAGCCACUGUGAAGCGGUCUUGGAUAGAAAUCCUCCAAGGAGUUGUAAUUCAAAUAAAAGCUAGUCUGUGGCUGUUCCUCCUUCCACUUG